AUGGCCACCACAAUUACAACGACCCCGCUAUCCCGCACUGGACGCAGGAAUAUCUUGACUCAAAUCCAGGCACGCUCCAGGAAGCAAUGUUGGCCGUCCCCACAAGACUCUGUGGGUCGUUUCUUGGUGAAGAUAGGUGGCCAGAGCUGCUGGGAGGCCAUCGGGCCGGCACGGGAUAUCUUCCUCGAGAUUGGUCCUGUCGUAAAAGAAUACCUCGAUAAGCAUAGCGAACCAAAACCUAGUUGGAUUACUUGGUCAUUAUACAUGAUCGGAGUUGCUCCAGAAUCUUCGACUCCAACGAUCAUAUUCUGCUCUGAGAACGAAGAAUACCGUAAAGACACCAGAGACAUCAUCAAAGCCAGUGGUACAUUGCGGAGAUAUGCUGCAGAUGGGUUUGCUUUGAAACAUCUACCGCGGGCCCCAGACUAUAAUCAGUUGGUUCAGUCAGCCUCAGUAUCAUUGACUAAGGGACCGAAAGCCAAGGCUCCAGACGAAUCUUUAUUCGGACCAUCUGUCAUGAGCACCUCAAUCCGUCUAGACUUGGGUCAGAGGCUAUACAUUCAUACAAUAAUCGACAACAUCCAGACCACACGAAUAUCGACGGCCGGCCCGAUGAUAUGUAUCAAAGGCGUUGAGUGUCUUCUUACGGCUGCUCACGUUUUCAAUGAUACACCAAUACAAUCUCACAAUAUCGAUAAUCAGCUAGAAGAUCUUUUCUUCUCUGAUAGCGACAGCGACGAUGCUCUAGAGGAGCCAACCCCAUCUUUCAAAACCAUAAACCCGCUCACAGAGAGAGACACCACACUGAGCCUGCAUACGGAAGUGACAAAUACUGAGGAAACCACCGAGCUUGUUGAUAAGAGCUCUACCGAAUCUACAUCUGUCGAAGUUCCUGAAGAUGCCUCUUACAUUGGCGAUGCGUUAAUCCUAUCCUCCGAGGGUCCGCAACAGGGGCUCGAUUACGCUCUUAUCCGCUUGCGAAAUCGAUGGAGAACGGAUAAGGGAGAAGAUUUCUUGUACCCCAAGGACAUCUAUGUGCGCCAGCGUCUCUUUUCCCCACAUGGACAUGUGAUAACUGUUACUGCUUCCACCGGCCUCAAUCAUGGUAUUAUCAGCGAGACUCCAACUUACAUGCGAGUACCUAAUGCCGCCGUGAUCCAGGAAGUGUAUUGUGUACGACUGGUUAAUCCCGUUGCAAAUGGCGAUUGUGGAUCAUGGGUAUUUGAUGUCAAUUCAGGUCGCUGGAGGGGACAUAUUGUUGCAGGGUGUCCGACCAUAGGGACUUCCUAUAUCGUUCCUGUAGAGACAGUUCUAGAAGACAUCUGGAAGAAUUUGCACAGAAUUAAAGAUCGUCUCAAACAGUUCGAAGAACACGAGAAAGACAAAAUGAUGGAAAUGCUCAGGCAAAUGAUACAGGAGACUAGUCCGCAGAGUGAUGAAUACAAUAGGGGACAUAUGUCGGAUGAUGAGGAGUAUAUCAUAGAAUCUGAUGAGGAGCAUAUCAUAGAUUCUGAUGAGGAGCAUAUCAUAGAUUCUGCUGAGGAGUUAGCGAUGCAAGAAAGGAGACGACGGAGACAAAAUGGAGGUGGACGACAAGGGUAUGAUGAGAAUGUGCGACAAACACGUAAGGAUGGCGUUCAAAAAACAGACGAUAAGAGUGGGCAACAAAGCCAUAACGAUGAGCAGCUUUAUUGCAAGAAGUUAGGACAAGACUAUCAUGGGCCAAGACGCCAAAUUCCUCGCAGGGAGGCCCAAAAAUGGCUACACGAGGAGGCACGACCAAAGCGUGAAAGAAAGAUUCAACGAGAACGCAGCUGGAAAGACCCUUGGUAUUAUGAGAUUCUCCAGAAAUACCAUAGCAGGCAGGAUCGCAGCGGGAUAUGUUCCGGGAACGACCUCCCCUCACGCCACAUCGAUUCAGCAGAAGAUAUUGAAUCGCACCAGAUUAGUCGCGAUGCUAAGACAGGAGACGGUACAGAUGCUUAUCCGUAUCACAACCGACCUCAUUUUAAGCCGGCGGAACCUUCAGACCCGCAUGAUAGCAGCGUUGACUUUAGACUGGAAGGUGAUCUGAAGCCAGGCUAUAAUACGGAAUCGCCGCAGGGCGGCCAGGAUGCCAAGCUAGGCGAUAGUACAAGGCCAUCACAGGAGCCAGGAUCUUCCCUCAACAAGAUUGAGCACACCUGA